AUGAAGGCCGCUCUCCUGCUUCGUGUGCUUUCGGCCACGUCGCUCCUCGUCAAUGCGAACGCGAAAUCGAUCGAUCACCAGCAGCCGCGGGAAGAUUCGCUUGAUGACUUCAUCAAAGAUCAACAGCAAAUCUCGCUGCAGGGGAUGCUGAACAACAUCGUCGAUGGCGUGGUGGUUGCUGGUCGGUCAGAUCCAGAUUACUGGUUCACGUGGACUAGAACAGCUGCGUUGACUUUCAAAAUUCUCAUUGAACGCCUCACCCGGUACGACCUUGAACAUUACCCCAAUGUCUCGGAUGACGUAACCGAUUAUUUGAAAUCCCAAGCGAAGCUGCAGUCGGGAGAUCUGGGGGAACCCAAGUUCUACGUCAACGGCACUGCUUUCGACGGUCCAUGGAACCGACCUCAACAAGACGGUCCGGCGCUUCGUGCUACAGCUCUGACUCUCUACGCCAGAUACCUGAUCGGGCACGCAGGAGAUUCUGUAAUGGCCAUUGACGUUCAUGAUCACGUUGUCGAUAAGAUCUGGCCGAUCAUCAGUAAAGAUCUUGAACACAUUAUUCGGUGCUGGAAUCAGACCAGUUUUGAUAUAUGGGAAGAAACGAACGGCUCCUCCUUCUUCACUCUUUCCGCGUCCCAUCGCGCUUUAGUCGAAGGUAUGUCACUCGCAAAGGAAAUAUACCUACGCUGCGACGGCUGUGCCGUUACCGCUCCACAAAUACUCUGUUUCAUGAAUAGCUUCUGGGACGUCGACUUCAUGCACGCAAAUUUGAACUCCAAAGAUCAACGACGUGGUAUAGACGCAAGCUCAAUUCUAUCCUCCAUUCACACAUACGAUCCUAAGGCUGGAUGCACAGACAGCAGUUUUCAGCCUUGCUCUCCCAGAGCUCUUGCCAACCACAAGGCAGUAAUCGACUCCUUCCGUCAACUAUACGCGAUCAAUCAUGGCAUUCCGCAAGGUCAAGCAGUUGCCGUUGGAAGAUACCCCGAAGACGUUAGUCAUGGAGGCAAUCCCUGGUAUACGACUACACUUGCGGCGGCAGAACAGCUCUAUCUAGCAAGAUUACAAUGGCAGGAUCGGAAGGAAUUCACGAUUGACGAAACUUCGCUACCUUUCUUUCGCGAUCUGCUUCCAACGAUCCUCCCCGGCACCUAUCGCCAGUCUUCCGAUCCAGCCUUUUUCGACUUAGUCCUAUCUGCUGUACAAAAGUACGCCGAUGGCUACAUGGCCCUGAUACAGAGAUAUACUCCCACGGAUGGAGGGCUUUCAGAACAGUUCGACAGGAACAAUGGUGUUCCUGUUUCUGCCUCCAACUUCACAUGGUCACACGCUGCCUUUUACACGGCUGCAAACCGUCGCAUCGGUAUCAAAGGAUUCCCCUGGAGCAGCUGGGGUGAGCCGUCAAACAACGCCUUCAAAUUGUGGCAAUGUCACAGUCAUGCUCGUGUAACCUUCCAUGUUGGCUCGUAA